UUGCGUAGUAAACAGAGGCAGAGGUCCGAGUGGAGCUCAUUACUACUGAAGAAACCUAUGCACAUUUCACAAGGAAUCGCUUUUCGUUGAAUGAAGCUUUACGGACGAGAAAAUAAUAUGCAUACGUUUAGCUGGUUAGUGGACCAGUUUAAUUUUUAGAAUACAAAAGAAGUUCAACAUCAAGCUUGUAUCCCCUCUUGCAUAGCUAUAGAUAGCGUCUGUCCAUUUUUCACUGUGUGAAACGUGUUUUUUUAUGCAUUUCUCAGAAUACGCUGCUGGUUUGCAAAUCUAGGACAACGUGAUCUCGAGGAACAAUAAAUCAGCUAUAUUUUAUCCAUGGUGUUUGCAAGUUGUAAAGAGAUGGAUGGUAUCGGGAACACAAUGCAGAAGAAGGCUGCGGAGCUCGAGCGCAUGGCCGAGGUUCUCGUCACCGGAGAGCAGUUGAGGCUGCGUCUCCAUGGGAAGGUGGUCAAGGACCGCAGGCAUCACCUGAGGACGUAUCCCAACUGCUUUGUGGCCAAGGAGCUGAUCGACUGGCUGCUGGAGCACAAGGAGGCGUCAGACAGAGACACAGCCAUCAACAUCAUGCAGAAACUCCUGGAUCAAAGCAUCAUCCAUCACGUUUGUGACGAGCACAAGGAGUUCAAAGACAUGAAACUGUUCUAUCGCUUCAGGAAAGAUGACGGGACGUUUCCACUGGACAACGAAGCCAAGGUCUUCAUGAGGGGACAACGGAUAUAUGAGAAGCUGAUGAUGAGCACGGAGACGUCCAUCCUCGCGACUCGGGAAGAAGAGGGCGAGACGUUUGAACGGACGCUGGUGGCCUCGGAGCUUGUUGAUUGGCUGCUGGCGGAGGGAGAGAUGGCGACCCGAGAGGAGGCGGAGCAUCUUGGACGGAGGCUUCUAGAACACGGGAUCAUGCAGCAUGUGACCAACAAGCACCACUUUGUGGACGGAGGGCUGCUGUACCAGUUCAGACUGAACUUCCGAAGGAGACGACGACUGAUGGAGCUGCUGAACGAGCGCUGUCGUACCAUCCCAGAGAGCCAUGACAGCCCCUUCUGUCUGCGCAAACAGAACCCCGAGGGAAGCAACACCAGCUUCCUAUCUGUAAGUCCUACUAAAGAGAUCAAGAUGAUAGUGGGUAUCCGUCGUAGCAGCAUGAGCAGCAGCUGUGGCAGCAGUGGUUACUAUAGCAGCAGUCCCACCCUCAGUAGCAGCCCCCCGGUGCUCUGUAACCCAAAGUCAGUGUUGAAGAGACAAGUGAGUCCUGAGGAGCUGCAGACCCCAGGAGGCCCUUACAUAAAGAAGACAUUCACAAUCGUGGGGGAUGCGGUGGGCUGGGGCUUCGUGGUGCGGGGCAGUAAGCCCUGCCACAUCCAGGCUGUCGACCCCAGUGGUCCCGCAGCUGCAGCUGGGAUGAAGGUGUGUCAGUUUGUGGUCUCGGUCAACGGGCUAAACGUGCUGUCUCUGGACUACAGGACAGUCAGUAACCUCAUCCUGACCGGGCCCAGGACCGUUGUCAUGGAAGUCAUGGAGGAAGCAGAUUACUGAAGAGGCAGGCUAUCACGUGGCAGGGGGCGUGGCUGAGCAGAGUAGACCCAAGGCAGGAUCUAAAGACACCAUAGAGAUAGAAGUACCUUUAUGGAACUCUAUGGGAAAUUCUCUCUGGGCUUCUAACUCUAUGGGAAAUUCUCUCUGGGCUUCUCACUCUAUGGGAAACUCUCUCUGGGAAACUCUCUCUGGGCUUCUCACUCUAUGGGAAACUCUCUCUGGGCUUCUCACUCUAUGGGAAACUCUCUCUGGGCUUCUCACUCUAUGGGAAACUCUCUCUGGGCUUCUCACUCUAUGGGAAACUCUCUCUGGGCUUCUCACUCUAUGGGAAACUGUCUCUGGGCUUCUCACUCUAUGGGAAACUCUCUCUGGGCUUCUCACUCUAUGGGAAACUCUCUGGGCUUCUCACUCUAUGGGAAACUCUCUCUGGGCUUCUCACUCUAUGGGAAACUCUCGCUGGGCUUCUCACUCUAUGAGAAACUCUCUCUGGGCUUCUAACUCUAGGAAAGACUCAGUCAAGCUCUGCCAGCCACCACCCACGUCUCCUUCCUAUUGGACACUGCUUCCCUCUGAUGGCCUCCAAUAGAACUGCUUGGAGAAGAGCGAGGGACAUUAGUUACUCUGUUAGAUGCACACAUCUUGUCAUUGGUCUCCUGUCUCAUCUGUCUAGUUGAUGUUGAGACAUCAGAUGGACCCUGAUAACAUAACAGCCCCCUGCUCCAUGAUUAGGGGACUGUGCCCUGCUGUCCCCUUCUGGUUGCUCACUGUCUCCUGUGGUCUGUGUUUUCUUUAUGUAUUGAUGGUACUACCUACCCAUGUGUGAAGCUGUGUGGGGAGAGACAGUUCUGGACCUGUCUAGAUCUGUCUGUAUUUCUUUAUCCCAGGAUGAGAUGUGGUGAAGUUGAAGACAGGCCUGAAGGAGACAGACAGCAUAUCAUUCGGGACAGGCCUGAAGGAGACAGGCAGCAUAUCAUUCGGGACAGGCCUGAAGGAGACAGGCAGCAUAUCAUUUCGGGACAGGUCUGAAGGAGACAGGCAGCAUAUCAUUUCGGGACAGGUCUGAAGGAGACAGGCAGCAUAUCAUUUUGGGACAGGCCUGAAGCAGACAGGCAGCAUAUCAUUUCGGGACAGGCCUGAAGGAGACAGUCGGCAUAUCAUUUCGGGACAGGCCUGAAGCAGACAGACGGCAUAUCAUUUCGGGACAGGCCUGAAGGAGACAGUCGGCAUAUCAUUUCGGGACAGGCCUGAAGGAGACAGGCAGCAUAUCAUUUCGGGACAGGCCUGAAGGAGACAGGCAGCAUAUCAUUUCGGGACAGGCCUGAAGCAGACAGGCAGCAUAUCAUUCGGGACAGGUCUGAAGGAGACGGGCACAAUAUCAUUCGGGACAGGCCUGAAGGAGACAGUCGGCAUAUCAUUCGGGACAGGUCUGAAGGAGACAGGCAGCAUAUCAUUCAGGACAGGAGUGUGAAGCAUUAGCAAGUGACUGUUCAAUCCUCUGGGCCACAUGAUGCAAACCACGUCCAACGACUCCAGAGCUGUUUGGACGUGUGACACCGAUACCAGCCUGGUUCCUCUGUACCGUUGGCUGGAGAUCACUCACUAUACAUGGUGGUAGUUGUGUGAAGUUGGCCUUUAGUUUAACCAAGCAAACAGGGUUGUAUAAUGUUCAUGUUUAUGCAGGACUAAUUGUUGUCGAUGAUGUCUUUUCCCUGUACACUUAGGGGGAGUUUCCCGGACAACAAAUCCUGGACUAAAAAGUCUAAAUCAAUAGAUGAUCUCCAUUUGAAAGUCCAUAAUUAUUCUUUGUUCGGGAAAUCGUCAUUUGAAGACAAAGUAGGUAGCUACUAGCUAGUUAAUGAGGUAACACUUGACAGGAUGGUUCUACUGUCUGUAGGCCUGAAUAUCAUGGUUAUAAUUACCACAUAAAGGAUAUGACUCAGUAUGUAGACCUAAAGGAUAUGACUCAGUAUGUAGACCUAAAGGAUAUGUAGACCUAAAGGAUAUGUAGACCUAAAGGAUAUGACUCAGUAUGUAGACCUAAAGGAUAUGUAGACCUAAAGGUUGCGCCUGUAACAACUACCUUCACUCUGUCAUGACACAACAAACCAUUACCCAUCAGGCCCCUCUCCCAGACAUGCAUUUUGCCUCGUCUUGGACUAGAAAGCAAGCUGAAGGGAGAAUCUCCGUUGAAAGAGCGUUUUGGUCCAGGGAAUCUGCUCAUGGUGAUAUAAAUGGGUUGGUUUGCAUAGAUUUGUAAUGUGUAAUGAGCGUGAUGCGUCUGUUUCUGUGUCACCGGCAUUGAGCCCUAUGACGACACCCACCUGUUAACCAAUAAGCCGAAUGUGGAUGUCGUAUCCACUAUAGUCCCUAGUCUUUCAGGGGCCGGCAGGGUAGCCUAGUGGUUAGAGCGUUGGACUAGUAACCGAAAGGUUGCAAGUUCAAAUUCCCGAGCUGACAAGGUACAAAUCUGUUCUGCCCCUGAACAGGCAGUUAACCCACUGUUCCUAGACCUCUCAAGAACAAAUUCUUAUUUUCAAUAACUGACUUGCCAAGUAAAAUAAAGGUAAAAUAAAAUAAAAAGAAGCGGCAUGUUCCACACUACCGGCAAUUCUAUAAUAUAUGGA